ACCAGAGCACCAGAACAGAACAGAAUCGAAUCGAACCGAACAAUAUAGGAAGAAAAAAAAAUAAAAAACCGAAAACAGAACGUAACGAAUCUGAAAGGCGCGCGCACGUCAGCGGAAAUCGUUUAUAUGCUAAAUACAAAUAAAAAAAAAUAAAAAACCUAAUAAAAAAUAGCUUUGGUGCUUUUGCUCUCGCGAACAAUGGUUGUUGGUAACAAUAUUGUUGAACCUGCAGCAUUAAAAGCCAUCACAGAGACCGGUAUAGAAGUAGCUAUCCAUAAUAACAAUCCAAGGGAUACACAAGCUACUGAAGAUACCCCGGAAGAUACUACGAAUAAUCCGAUAGAUAUCCAGGAUUCUAAACAAACAACAACGAGUAUUAGGAUUAAUCUCGAAGAGGAUCUUGAAGAAGGUAAUCCUGAAGUUCAAGUGGAAAUUGAAAAUAUUCAAAAUAACAAUAUGACGGAUGCCGGCAAGGAAACAGGCGGCGAUGCUAUUAAACUCUCGAAUCCAAAUCCAAAUACAAGUUCUAGUUCACCGGUUAGUCCUGGCUCGGGAUCGGGUCCAUUGGCUGGUAUGGCCAUUGUGCCCACCAAGAGCGCCGUCAGUCAGCGUAAUGUCGAUAUUAAAAUCGAAAAGACCAGCAACAUGGAGGCGGCCACCCAACAGCUGACCAAAAAGGUUCUCAAACUGGAUCUGGGCGGCAAGAAUCUCGACGACUUCUCCCUCAAAUCACCCAAAUCGCCCAUAGCUGCACGUUUGCCGCAUCAAACAUCGCUGACAUCGUCAGUGGAUGUGGAGGAUCGCAAGACACUGAGAGAGGCCUUAUACCAGGGUAUAUUCCACCGACAUCGACGCACCAUCUUCGCCGUGGGCAGUUUCCUACGAAUGCUGCGCAGCCGCAAUUCGCAGUACAAUACGAUACGUAGCUCAUCGGAGGGCGAGGAUAUCGAUGAGUUCCUCAAAAGGCGUGGCUCCAAGCUCCUACGCUUACAGCACCUUUUCGAGCGUUGAUCCAGGGUUGGUUUAUAGGUAGGACUCUGAUAUAUAUCAUCCCAUUUGGGGCCAGGACAUGGUAAAGUUCCAGACGGGAAAGGAUGGGACAGCACUUCGACCUCCAAGUUGGCUUAGAAAUUGCUGAAAUAAUUAAGAUUUUAUUAAAAUAUUGAUUUAUUUUAAAGAACUAUAAAGGGAUUUAUAGAUGAAGGUAGACUUUAUCAGCUUUUGAAGAAGUGCGAUCUGAAAU